AUGGAGGUGUUCAAUAAACCCCUCAUGGAGUCCAUGUCCACGAUGGAUGCAUCUGAACUCUGCUUUCCAGAAGCAUUCAACUCUUCCUGUAAAAAGAAAGUGACUCUUCACUCAGUAAACACCUUGAUUUACUUUGGAUUGUCCUUCAUGUCUCUGGUUACCACUGCUCUUAACCUUUUGGUCAUCAUCUCCAUUUCACAUUUCAGGAAGCUCCAUACCCCCACCAACUUCUUACUGCUCUCUCUGGCCGUCUCAGAUUUUCUUGUGGGCCUUUUCAUGUUUUUUCAGAUCAUGGUUAUAAACGGCUGCUGGUUUCUUGGUGACCUCCUGUGCGUUCUCUACUAUGUAUUCAGUGGAGUUUUAACCUCUGCAUCAGUAGGCACCAUGGUGCUCAUUUCGCUCGACCGUUAUUUGGCCAUCUGUGAUCCUCUGCGCUAUUCUACCAAGGUUACCACAAAAAGAGUUCAAAUUUGUGUUUCUCUGUGCUGGAUCUGUUCUGUGGUCUACAUCCUGGUUCUGUUACGGGAUAAUUUUCAACAACCAGGAAAAUUUAAUUCAUGCUCUGGAGAGUGUGUGGUUGAAAUUGGCUUCGUUGAAAAUGUUGCAGAUCUUAUUUUGACCUUUAUUAUUUCCAUUACUGUUUUAGUGGUGCUAUAUGUAAGAGUGUUUGUGGUUGCUCUGUCUCAGGUCCAGGCCAUGCGCUCGCAUAUUGUUGCUGUUAAACAAAAACAUCCCAGAAUGACAAAUGUGAAGAAGUCUGAGCUAAAGGCAGCUGGUAUUCUCGGGGUUGUUGUAGUCACAUUUGUUUUCUGUAUCUGCCCAUAUUACUGUGUCACACUAAUUGGUAAAAGUUCAUUAUUGAACACUUCUACCAUGACCUUUCUUCUAUGUUUGUUUUAUUUUAAUUCCUGUCUGAACCCUCUGAUUUAUGCCUUCUUUUAUCCCUGGUUUAGAAAAGCUAUGAGAAUUAUAUUUACACUUGAAGUGCUAAGGUCCGGCUCUUCUGAUGCCAACAUACUUUGAUAACAUGAGGAGCAGCCUGACUGAGUUAUUCUUGGUCACCAUAUGU